AUGCUUAACCAUUCUACUCAGUCUCUCCUCUCCGCAUCUGCAGCUGCCAACAUUAACGUUUCAACUGGUCGGCCAUUGGCCCCUCGUCCCAAUCUGCUCCGUGUUGAGAUAGAUCUGCCAGGCAUCGAGACUGUUGCCUGUCUUGAUUUGGAUAUCUCAGAGACUCGAUUUCGCCUUCAAGUUUGUUUUUCUGAUAACGAUUCCCUCUUUUGUCCUUGUUAUUCCUAUCCUUUUCUUUGUAUUAUAUAG